AAUGUCCGCACCCGCACAGCCCGCCGCACCCGCCGCCGCCGCGCCGCAGAAGCCGUGGCAGGCCAAGCUCGUGCUGCUCGGCGAGGCCGCCGUGGGCAAGAGCAGCGUCGUGCUGCGCUUCGUCAGCGACGAGUACGUCGAGAACAAGGAGCCCACCAUCGGCGCCGCCUUCCUCACGCAAAAAUGCCGUCUCGACAGCGCCAUCAUCAAGUUUGAGAUCUGGGACACGGCGGGCCAGGAGCGCUUCCACUCGCUCGCGCCCAUGUACUACCGCAACGCUCAGGCCGCCGCCGUCGUGUACGACGUGACCAAGGCGAGCUCGUUCGAGAAGGCCAAGUCAUGGGUCAAGGAGCUGCAACGGCAGGCGAACCCCAACAUCGUCAUUGCGCUCGUCGGCAACAAGCUGGACCUGCUCGGCGCCGCGCCGGCAGCUGCGUCCGGCUCGGGCGAGGCGGCUGCUGAGGAGACGGAGGCUGAGGCGGCCGAGGAGGACGAUGCGGCUACGACGACGGGUGCCGAUACUGCGCCCGGCGUCGCACGUGCUGUGCCGAAGGAGGAGGCCGAGGCAUACGCGCAGGAGACGAGCCUGCUGUUCUUUGAGACGAGUGCAAAGACGGGCGAGGGUGUGGUGGAGCUCUUCACGGAGAUUGCCAAGAAGAUCCCGAUCGACGCCAUCGCAGCGCAGCAGGCGCAGGCUCGCGCCGCUGCUCCCGCCGGCGCUGCCAGCACGCCCGGCCGGACGGCCGGUGGCGGCGGCCUGCGCGUCGGCAACAACGACGGUGCCGGGCGUGGCGAUGCGUGCAACUGCUGAGCGCACGCCCGUCCGCGACUCGUUCCUCCUCUCGCUGCGUCUUCCGUGUACAUAGCAGCGCUGUCUGCGCUGCCGCCUUCUCCCAUCCCAUACCUGCGCCGCCGUCGGCGCCGAGCUCUGUCUCGCGCCCCUUGCUCCACGUUCUCGACAUCCAGCUCACGACCGCCUCUGUACAAUGCUCAUCACUAGGACCGCG